ACAGGACAUGUUUACGAGUGUCCCCGUGCCCGUGUGUCCCGUUUGGUAUGUGCGCGUGGUGUGUAGGGUGCGUAAUGGAGGCGACCUUCUCGACAUCACGAAUCAUGGAGUCGAUGUUCUCCACACCACAAACCAUGAGUCCCGAGACGCACAUUCACAUGACAGAACCAUUUCGUCCUUGCGCGAGAUCUGUGCGGUAUUUUAACGGUGUGACUACGAUCCAUGGAGCGACCGCAGAGGACUUCGACGAGGACCCCUGGAUGACCGUCGUCCCGUGCAUGGGACGGCAUAUUGACGAUUGGUGCAAUGGGAAUUGGGCCACGAUGGAGAGUCGCUGUCCAUGGGCGAGCCAGUACAAGUUCGCCAACAUGUUGGAGUUCGGGAACCUCAUCCUGGUGUCUGACGCUCUCCUCGGACACAAGUUCCUGAACCAUAUGCGCAGAGCACUUGGCUGCAUUAGCCGCCUUUUGAGCUGCCUCGAGUGCCACUACGUCAGGUCGUCGCCACGAACUUGGGAAGGCUCGCGGAAACAAGAGUUGGUGGACUACGCUCGUCACUGCUCGUUCUUGGAGCAGUACCCGCUCUGGUGCCCUGGGAAUUCUCCACAAGUUGUGUCAUACUGUUGUAUGCGAUUGACUGUGUCGGGCACUGAUUACGCCAAAGUUCUAUGUAUCGCUGCUUCGAACAAGAGCAGGAACCUCGUCGACGCAGUUGUGCUUGUGUCACGGAACGAGGUGGUGAUUGAGGGGUCUAAAUUCGUGUGGACGCGUGGGCCCGUACUUCAACAGCCGUGUGGUCCUGUAAUCUUCGUUGAAGCCAAUAAGCGCCGCCGGGUUCUGGGGGCUGUCUUGCGGUGGGAGAAUGCGAAAGGCAGUCGUUGGCGGUUCAACAUGAAAAAUGUGUACGGUUCCAAGGGGAACGUCGUCGCCGGUGCCAAGGGGGCGGUUCUCGACAUGUGUCUUUUCGAGGGGUUCGGAGCGGGUGCUGCGAACACCCCGUUUUACAACGACCUCCGGCGGCAGGGCGGGUUUGUUUUGGGUCGAGAGUUCUUCGACUUGUUGGAUGAGAAGGACAUCGCCCUCGACGUCCCUUGCGAAGUCGGCCCCGACCUGGAACUGUCAACGCCUUUGCAACAGUACGGCGGGUGUGAGUCGAGCGGGGCAGCGGGGGAGGGGAGGGAUCUCGAUUCCGGCGAGGCUACACAUGUGCAGCGGGAGGAUGCCAGAGGUCAGUUUGAUGACAACGAAGAUGAGGCGACACCGCGUCCGCCGUUUUUAGCGUCGAGGGAAAGUGACUGGUCCGUGAUGUCCAUACCUGGGGUACGACAAGAGGUCGCAGCGGAUCCCGAAGAAGAUGCAGUCCAGUGUGGGUCCGACUUGGAGCCCGGCGAGGGCCAUGGCGCAGACGACAAGGUCGUGGGCGGUGAGGGAGCGCAGGGGACUCCCCAAAAAAGGAGGGGAGAUUGUCAAGAGGACGUGCCUACGUCAGGACCUUCCACGACGAGGCCUGACAUCGACGUGGACGCCGGGUACUUCCUGGAGUACAAGGACGGCGUGAGGACAAGGCGGGAGUUUGAGAUUAGCCCGGCUCAGAUCGUCGAACUCGGGGAGUGGGAGGAUCUUUACAACCAGCGAUCGUUGGAUCCUGUCCUCGUGGGAACGAUAAAAGAAGCAAUGCAGUAUGCGUUCGAAAAUAAAAAGCAGACGUACGAGUUGCCGAUCUUCAAGCUCGCACCACAGGGGCUUCAAAAACCAACUCCCGGGACCAAGGCUCAACGUCUGAAGCCGAAGGAGUGUAAGGACGAGCUGGGAGAAUACUACUACUACGCGGUGUGUGGGCAGCAUAACGUGGUUGCAGCCCGGUCGCUGCUCAGGAGUGAGGUGGCCAAGAAACUGAAGAGCCGGGAGGUCGCACUUGCCGAAGGCAUUGUUCACAUUAAAUGGAAAGACAUGGGGGAUGUGACAUCCAUCGCGCCGUUCGCUAACGACCCUUUGGAGGCGGACAUGAAGGGCGCAGAGCUGAAGGAAGCAGUGGCUGCCACAAAGAGCCACACGUUUGUCCUCGAUCUGUGCGAGCCGGUUGACCUCAAACUGUGGAAGGCCCAAGCGUGGGAGACAUUGGAUUCCUAUCUUCAGAUGUGGUGUCCGUCGCAUUGGACUCUCGUUGUUUUCGUACCGUGGCAGCACAACCUCACGUUUCUCGCCAGCAUGCACCUUCUUUCUUUUGUCAAGCUGUUGGAAGGGAAGUGGGUGAGGAGAGUUCAGCAAAAGAAAAGCUUCCCCAUUGGGAAUAAUUUGUACACGGAGGAAGACCGCAUGUACAUCCUCUUCAAGGGUGACGAUCUGCGCGCCAACAUAUCCGUGGUCUACGAGGGAAACCUGCCCAGGGGUGCCGCUACUGAGGUGCGAUUGCCUCAGAGGGUCACCCAGACGGAUGUGUCCGAGAUUCCCUUUGUGCCUUGCGAUUGGUCGCUGGUGGCUCCGGAACGACAGGGCAGUGUCUCCGGGGAUAUGGAAUGCAAUCCGACACAAUUCGUCGGUCUUCUUGAUUUUCUUGGCAAGAAGGGAGAGGGUGUCGUGUUCCUUGGGAAACCGCACACGCAAAGCGUUUGGGAUCUUCUUAAGGCCAACCGGCACGUUGUCGCGAUGGAAGGGAACACCAAGCUCUUGCAAUUCACGAUGCAGGUGGUGAAAAGCGAGGUCAAUUCGGGCGGGCGCAAUUGUGAGUUCAUGGUCGUGAAGCCAACACGGGAUAAGGUGCGGAGUAACAAAACGGAUAUGUGGUUCAAGUUGAGCGAGAGGAAGAGGAACAAGAUAUACGAUUUCUUGUUCCUUCAAACGCGUUCGAGGAAGGACUCUGACGCCGAGUACGUCCUCCGGAAGGACCACAUGUUCGCACUGCUCGACAACUACGACUUCGCCUCCCGCAUGAUCGCGAAGACGUUUCUCGAUAGGCUGCAGUCGCUGUACUUCGUGGAGCUCGAGCAUCAGUUAAAGUUAGUCAGUUACGCUUCCCUGAUCUCCAUUGAUGACGAGGAAGCCACAGGUGUGGAGUUUGUUGCCAACGCGAAGGAGGAGGAGAGCGACACAGAGAGCAUUGAUCUGCAGUACAACCCACCUCCGGCGGACCACAGCAGAGGGUCGUCGUCGGCCGGUCUGUCACCGAGCGCUGCAGCCCUUGUGUCACCGUCGGCCAAACCGUCGCCGGGCACCACGCCGAUGAAGUUGAUGGAGAGACUCAGAGCUCUGGCCGUCCUCCCACCCGCCUUGCGUACAGGAUCCGGCGACACGGAGACGACGAAGUACGCCGAGAUCCGAACUUCUUCGCGCGGGGGGUGUCGGCCAGGGAUUGCUGUGCCGUUCAGAGGGGCAGCGUGCACGGAGACGGAAGGGCGGUCCUCGGGAUUCAGCACGGGUACAGAGGAAGCGGAUGAGUUUCGUGGAAGGGAAGUAGGGGAGAAAAUUGAGGAACAAAGGGGAGCGCUAGAAGGGGAGGAAGAAGGGGAGGAAGAAGGGGAAGAAGAGGCGGGAGGGGAGGAAGCGGGAGAAACGGAGGUACUUAAUUUGCUUGGAGGAAGGGAGGGUGCCGGAUCUAGAGACGACGAGGUGGAGCACAGUGAGGACGAUGCCGGAUCUAGAGAGUCGUCUGACGAGUUCGGACAACUGUACGGAGAGCAUCACGAGGAUGAUGUCGACGACGAUCCCACGGCAAUAAAGAUGGAGACACAGGUCGUUAGCAGCCUUUCCGGGCAGCCAAAAGAUUAUGAGGUCCGACCACUUACGUCUGCUGUCGACUUGCAACACCGCUUCGACGAGGCAUCCGUCGCUAUCAGCCCAUCUAGAACAAGUUGGAGUAUAAGCAUCGACGAAGUUGUCGAUGGUAUCCUCGGCGACCACAACGUGUCUGCCCGUCCGUCCACAACGACUCACAUCAACGAAACUGGCAACCUCACGUCUCCCGUUGCAGCUUCCCUCGCUUCGUCGUCGCCGAAGUCCCAGGUCCUGCCGGCCACCCUUGCCGCCGGAGAGGAAGGCGAGGUCGGGGGACGACAACAUGUCACGUCCCCUAAAAAAUCGAGGGUCGGCGGUCAAGCUCUCGACCUGCUCGCUUUGCCCGCGCCAAAUUCCCCAUCGAAGGAGCGGAGAGAGAAACACACUGGUAAGCCGUGAAGAACGCCACACUGCCUGCGUAUCCGGAUGUCGUCGGAUUACAGUCCGCGCUGUGCACACGACGACU